GUUCGUUCUCGAGCCAACGUCGGGUGUUCCCUUGCUCCUGUGCGUCACGCCAUGUACGAAGUCCAGGCCCGGAAAGACCAUGGUGAGACCUACGGCACUUCUGCAAUGCACUGCAGUGCAUGCGCAUCCACCGAAACCUCCUGGCGCCCCUGGAUGACGGCUUUCUCUCUUGUGUGCGUGUCAGGGAGAGGCCAUGAGAUCGCGUUGUUUUUCCGCUUGAUGAAAAGGGGCCACAGAGACGCAUUCUGGUAGGUCAACACUCGGCUCAGAAGACAACGCACAGAGUUGUCAUUUCGUUUCUCCGCAGGUCUUGCGUCUUCUGCUCGAUGGUUGGUCUGGUCGGGUGCUGUCUGUUCCUCAUUAUGUGCACCGUGGCCAUCGACAAGCUCUCCACCAUCGGCAACCCUUUCAAGGUCGGCCAGGCCCCCCGCAGCAGGGCCGAGGACGCCGCGAGGUUCGCCAACAUCAGCCGGCAGCUUGCCGAGAGGAACAAGCGGAUGGGGAUUGAGGAUGAGGAGCACGAAGCCGACGAUACAGACAUGGACAUGGCCAACCAUCAUAGAGACAAGGUAAGCGGUGGACGGACGGUGGGUGGGUAGGCGCGCUCGCUGGACGUGUGUGGGCAUGCAGUUUGUGUGUGUCUUGUGGGUGUUUUGCAAGGGUCACUGGCACGACGAGAAGCACCACCCCGUUGUAUCAAAGAAGGCCGAGGGCAAGGGCAACCUCCGCACCUCCAAAGAAGCCGACAAGACCAGAAGCACUGGCAGUAAGAAUGCCGCCAUCCCCCCCACCCACAGCCACUCGUCUUACGGCACUAUCCACCUGGAGCACGUGCAGCAGCCCCCUGUGAAGAGGGACACACGCUGACUGAGCCAGCCGAGCCCCCAAAGCAGCCAGGGCGGACGGGGAGCACGGGGAGCAGCCGUGCAUGAGCAGACAGUCAGUCGUGUUGUAUGCUUCGAGUUCAUGACGAUAUGACUUGACUGAUUGACUCAAAAGUGCAAAGCAGC